AGCACUUGCAUGAGUUGACUUCCAUUUAUAAUCUAUAAACCACCAAUACUUUUGGAUAAUCAAUCUGAUGGCGGGAGCGCCUGCUAAUGAUAGUUCUAGCAGCUGGGUGGUGGAGAUGGAGAAGAUGCUCGAGCACACCGACCCGUCGGCGGAGGCGGCGCGGUGGAGGAAGGCCUCCAUCUACCGAGUGCCGGAGCGGAUCAAGCACCAGACCAAGGCCGAGGCGUACCGGCCGCAGCUGGUGUCGCUGGGUCCCUUCCACCACGGCAGUUGCCACCUGCUGCCCAUGGAGGAGCACAAGCGCCGCGCGGUGCUGCACCUGGUGAAGCGGGCGAGGGUGCCGCUCGGCGACUUCGCCGCGGCCGUGGAGGAGGUGGCGGAUGAGCUGAUGGAUGCCUACGAUGGCCUGGAUGAACGGUGGCGUGGAGCAGGAAGGGACGGCUUCGUGGAGGUGAUGCUCACGGACGGGUGCUUCUUGCUGGAGAUGAUGAGGACGGGCAGGCUUGUGCUCAAGGGCAAACCGCUAAAGGACUACGCACCCAACGAUCCUGUCUUCAGCAUCCAUGGGUUCUAUUUUCUGCGCCCGGACAUCCAGUCCGACAUGAUCCUGAUGGAAAACCAGCUGCCUCUGCUCCUCUUGCAGAGGAUCUUGGCCGUGCAGCGCGGCACAUCUUCGCCGAGCGCUGAAGACAUCAACGAAUUGGUACUCCGUUUUCUGGACUGCCCGCUCGACGAAGGCACUGGCAAACUGGGUCUCCACCCCUUGGAAUUGUAUCACAAAUGCUUCCGUGAUCUCCAACCAAACGUUAGCAGAUUGGGCAGCAAGAGGGAGGACACCGUGCCAUCUGCUGCCGAGCUCAGUGAGGCAGGGAUCCAUUUCGAGAUGAGUGCUACUAAAAGAGUCUCCGACAUAGACUUCGAAAAUGGCGUGCUAAGAAUGCCAUUGGUCGGAGUCUACGACGAAACCGAGAAAAACUACCUCAACAUGAUGGCAUUCGAGCUGCUGCACCGCUACGCCGGGAACGACGUGACAGACUAUAUAAUCUUCAUGGACAACAUCAUCAACUCAGAAAGAGAUGUGAAGCUGCUGAGAUCAAAAGGCCUAAUCAAAAGCGGGCUGGGAAGCGACAUGGAGGUGGCAAGGCUGUUCAACACCCUGUCCAAGGGAGCAGUCAUGAGCCCUUUCUGCAAGCUGCUCGAUGUGCAAAAGAAGAUGAACGACCACUGCAGGAAGCGAUGGAACAAAUGGCGGGCAAGCUUCGAACACACCUACCUGAGCAACCCCUGGGUGUUCAUCUCACUCGUCGCCGCCGCUGUUCUGCUGGUCGCUACCCUAAUGCAAACCAUCUACUCUGUUAUGCCGUUCUACACCAAGAAUAGCUAGCCGGCGCCCAAUUAAUUAAUACAACCGAAAAAAUGUUUCUUAUGAGAAAACUAAUUUGCAUCACCAAAUAAAUUGUUGCAUGUUUUCAUUUUUCAUAUUUCCCAAUGAGACUAUGGAAAACCAUGUCAGUCUCAAGCUCAUUUGUAUUCUUUUAAUUGCAAGCAUGCGUCGUACGGAUUGAAGUUUCAAAAGUCAAAACUCUUAUCUCUACAAAAAUUUGUGUUAUAA